UUGGUUUUGGAGAAUGAAUCCCAGCUUGGCGGAACAGAUCCUGCAAUACGCGCUGGUGGCAGCGGCGGUUCUGGCGAUGGCGUCUGGGCUGCUCACUGCCUCCUUGAAGACGAUGGUGCUCGUCUAUGGCGGCUCGGUGUUCGUUGUCUUGCUCGUUUUGAUCCCGGAUUGGGCAUUCUUCUGCCGGCAUCCUCGGCACUGGGUGCUUCCCACGCCCAACUCGCCAGAUCCCAGCCAGGACUCCCACAAGAUCCGGCGUGAUUGAUCGUGCUCUGGGGUUUCUUCCUCGCAGAGUACUGUGUGAAUCGGGAUUUUUCUCGAUCGUUACCUUGAGUGGAAUCGAAAUGCAAGCACGAUUUCUUUCCCCCAAUUGCGUGAUCUGGUAGAAACUUGUGCGCGUGGCUUUUGGAUGAUCUUGGCGCUCUCCAGUCCGAUCCCAUCGUUCCAGCAGCUGUGCUCUCGCGUCCGCAAUUGCAGAGAUGUCUCGCAGGGAAGAGAGCUCCACGCACUUGUUCUUCGCAGCCCAUACAGGGGCGAUACAUUUCUCUCCAAUCUCCUCAUCCAGAUGUACGGGAGCUUCGGCAAGCUGGGGGACGCGCGCGCGAUCUUCGAUUCCACCCACGCCCGCGAUUCACACACUUGGAAUCUCAUGGUCACGGCGUACGCACGGAUGGGACGCCUCGAGGAGGCGCGGCUGCUCCUCGAUUCGAUGCCCUACUGGAAUCCAGUGGCCUGGAAUGCCAUGAUCACCGCAUAUGCCCGGAAUGGGCAUUGUGACUCUGCUAUGAUUCUCUUCCAAACCAUGCCCGCGCGAACGGUGGUGACGUGGAACGCGAUGAUGCAAGCGCUCGUGGAAGCAGCAAGAUACUCCGAUGCCGAGUCCUUGUGGCGGAAUAUACCCGAGCUUACCGUGGUGACGUGGACGACCAUGCUUGUAGCAUUUGCCCGGCAGGGGCAUAUUGCCCGUGCCAAGGAGAUCUUUGAUAUGAUGCCCGAGAAGAAUGUCACCACAUGGACUGCUAUGCUCAAUGCCUACUGUGCUGUCGGGGAUUUGGCGACCUCAGAAGUAAUUCUAGAGUCUAUGCCGGAACACAACGUUGUCUCCUGGACAGCAAUGGUUGUUGGCUAUGGCCACAAGGGGAAUCUCGAGAGCGCUAAAGUGGUGUUCGAUUGUAUGCCAGAAUAUUCACUAGUGUCCUGGACGUCCAUGGCACACGCGUACGCAUCUAGAGGGCAUAUGACCGAGGCCGAGAGAAUGUACGGUUUGAUGCCAGAACAAAACGUUGUGACCCAAACCUCGAUGCUAGCAGGAUAUGCCCAAAAUGGGCAUCCGGAAAAGGCCAAGAGUGUUUUUGACGCCAUGACCGAGAGAAACACCGUAUCCUGGAAUUGUAUAAUUGGAAUGUUCGCCGCGACCGGGCAGCUCGAAGCCGCCAAGCGGCUGUUUGAGGCGCUGCCCGAGCCAGACGUGGUGACCUGGACGACCAUGAUUGGCGCCUUCUCUAACACGUGGCACGGGCAGCACUACUUCUACCGCCUCAACGUCGAAGGCAUCCAGCCCAGCGAGGUGACAUUCACCGGCAUUUUGUCCGGGGCCACCGCCUGCCAGCUAGGACGGUCGCGCUUCGUGGACAUGGUGGGCGAUUACCACGUGGCGCCAUCCACGGUGCACUAUGGCUCCAUGGUGGACGCGCUGGGCCGGGCCGGGCAAGUGGAAUAUGCGGCGCGGCUGGUGGAGGAGAUGCCCGUGCCGCCGGAUGCCGCUGCGUGGGGCGCGGUACUGAGCGCUUGUAAAACACAGCGCGACGUGAGCCGCGCGGCAUGGGCGGCAGUCCGCGCGUUUGAUGUGGACCCGGCCAACGACACGCCUUAUAUGCUUCUCUCCAAUGCCUACGUUAGCUAGCUCUCUCUUCUCGAGUCAAUGAAAUCAGUCAACUCAUUUACUAAUGAAGAAAGUCAAUGGUUCUGGUCUCUAUGAAAUGGGCACAAAGAUGAGGUCGCCAAUCCCACAAUUUGGGCGAUCUUUGGGAACAUCAUAGACUAAACUGGCGGAUGGAUCAAAAAUCUUCCAAAAGUUCGAGUCAAAUCCCACGAGAAUGGCGCAGCCAGUGCUGGAAAAGCUUGUCACCAGUGGAUGCUUUGCGAGCAAUCGCAUGAGCGCGUCGCCUUUUACGUCCUUCAUCCUUAGAAACGAGCCCGGCCAGCCAUCGAAUUCCCACGACAGAGUGACGAGCUCGUGGCGAUGACUGUUUGCUCGGAUCGUCAUCCAGCUGAUGGUCGAGUUUGGAUUCCUCUCUCGCAAUUCGAUGCAAUUCGUCUUGGCCGUGACCAGCGCGCACGCCAGGAGGUUGUCCAGCCACGGGAUUCCAUAGAGUUUCUCCUCGAUUUGUAGCUCUUGUAAACACCCACGGACGAGACCACUCCAAUCGACGUCGCAAGGCAAAGAAAUCUUUGAUCGUGGGAUCCUCACUCUCACCUCUACAAUGGAUCUAGAAAUCUCUUCCACUUCCUCGUGACCAAAUGUCGAUCGCAAGCUUCGGUCUGGGCGACCACACACGGCCCCCAUGCUGACCAAGGAUCUCCUUUUUAGUCUGUUUGACCUACCAUACAAGGAAGUCCUCUUAAACCC